CCCUUUUCUGCUCCUUACGAUCUGUCUCUCCCACUCUUUCCCAAGUUCUUCCCAUCUCUCAGCCUGUUCCCUAAAGCGAUGACAGCUGGACUCCCAGCCACCCCUCACCCCUUUCCCCUCACCUUCCCACAACACACCAGCCAGUUGUAGCUGGGGACGAACUGGGUAUCAGGAAUGGGGGGCCCUCCCAGUCCUCCUGGGGAUGGGAGAUGGGGAGAGGGUGCUCUGGGGAAACAGAGCUCCUGUUUACAUUGCUCUUGGCACCUGCUGGCAGGGCCCUGCAGGUAACCAUGGCAAUCGAUGAGGAACCAAUCAGUGCUUCUCCCUACCCCCAGCCCCAGAGGUAACAUUUUGAGGCCCAUGGGGAUGGGGGGGCAGGGAGUGUGGCAAGGGCUCAUUUCUUAAACAGAAGAAGGAGGAGCAUUUGAUUGAAUAAGCGAGUCCCUUGCCCUCCUGUCCAGAAAGGGGCCUGAGGGAUAGGCUUGGUCUGAAUUCUCCCAAAUGGGGGAAGGGAGUGGCCAUUUGCACUGUGGGGCUCCUCUGUGUGUGUGUGUGUGUGUGUGUGUGUGUUUCUUAAAGUCGGUUUUGCAAACACAGUGAAUGUGAAUGAGGCGGCUAAGGCAGUGUGAAGAGCCUGCGCGUGCGUGUGUGCACACGUGUGUAUGAGAGAGGAGAGGGAGGUGAGAUCGACCCCCAGCAUGUUUUGUCUCUGGCCGUUCACGCACACAUAGAUGCAUCUGGACACAGACACGGGACAAGCAGUCACAGGAAGUACCUUUGGAGACCCAGACGGCACGUACACACACGAUGGAUAUUACACACAAUCAGAGACAGCCACUUGGAUUGUUCUCUCCUCUGGAUGGUUGUAAUAAUAUUUGGGCAUCUUGCCAGGGACAGGGUUACUAUGGAAACGACCAAACAGUGGAGUAGCCGGCAGCCUUCUGCGUAAUUGUGAAGAGGGGACCUGUGCAGGGAGUGCUGGCUGAGGCCACCCUGUAUGGGGUGGGAACCCCUUUCAUCCUUAGGUUUCAGGGGCCGCUGCCUCUCCACUGGGUCUCUGGGCUUGCUGUGGGGCCGGCUUGUUCCCCUCUGUCUGCCCUGCAACGUAGUCUCUCCCCCACGUGUUGCUUUUGUGUCUCUCGGUCUCUUUCGGUCUCUGGCCAGGUUCCCUGGGCCUCUGUUGGCUGUUUGGGUCCCGGCCAGACUCAUCCUGGGGUCUCUAUAGAAACUGCUGAUCCCGGCUGUGAAUUUCUUGUCCUAGAAAACCCAGUGUGGUGGCUUUAGAAAUCUUUCUGGAAAGGAGAGAAGGGUAUGAGUAUGUUGUAAAGGAGCUGUUGGGGCUUGGCCACCCUCCCAAGCCCCACCCCUGGACUUUUACUCUGGGAAAGAGGAGGGAGGGAGGGGCCGACCCUUCUAAGUGAGGGUUUGAUUUCUAUACCAAGAAGUAAGCACAGUGGCCAGUCCAGAGCCGGACUUUGACCUCGCUGGACCCUGCCAGGCUGGUGGGGUGCUUGGGUGGGCUGGGGACAGAAAGAGCUGGACUUUGACUGACCUCACCAGACCCUGCCAGGCUUGGGUGGGCUGGGGACAGAAAACUUUCUGCCCAGCUCUGGCAGACAUCCAUGAGAACCUGUGGUUUGUUACUGGACAGCCUGUGAACAGGUGGCAGACAUGUCACCAGAGUGGGAGGCGGUGGGAGGGUAGCACUGCCCACAUGGGGAAAUUCGUGCAUGUGCAGGAAAGGGAGGUCAUGGACCACAGUGUGCUGGUGGGCACUUGGCGAGGGGGCUGUCUGUCAGGGGCAUGGUGGCAGGAAUUCCUGUGGCAGGGACAGUAGUCUUUUUGCCUAAGCUCUUUGACCGCCUUUACCUGCAGAGUCCAGGGCUGGGCCUGGGGUCGGGCUGGCGCUGCGUAUUCCCAGCUUCUUGCAUGUGAGGACCUUCAGUGUUCCCUGCCUGAGUCCCGGGCCUGGAAGCUGGAUGGUGCCGCCUUCAAACUUAGGGCCAUGGUGUCUCCAGGGAAGGCUUCCUGGGGGAGUUGGCGACGCUCCCCAGUCCCCCCACCCCCUGACCCCGGCAUCAUGCAUCGGACCACACGGAUCAAAAUCACAGAGCUGAACCCUCACCUCAUGUGUGCCCUCUGUGGGGGGUACUUCAUUGAUGCCACCACCAUCGUGGAGUGCUUGCAUUCCUUCUGCAAAACCUGCAUCGUGCGCUACCUGGAGACCAACAAGUACUGCCCCAUGUGUGACGUGCAGGUCCAUAAAACCCGCCCACUGCUGAGCAUCAGCCAAGGCGGCAGGAGUGGCAGAGCACGGGUGUGGACCCAGGCCCCUCCCCUCCCUCCGGUUGCACCCAGCUUGCCGUGGGCUAAGAGAUCUGACAAAACCCUCCAAGAUAUUGUCUACAAAUUGGUCCCUGGGCUUUUUAAAGAUGAGAUGAAACGGCGACGGGAUUUCUAUGCAGCCUACCCCCUGACGGAGGUCCCCAACGGCUCCAAUGAGGACCGCGGUGAGGUCCUAGAGCAGGAGAAGGGGGCUCUGAGCGAUGACGAGAUUGUCAGCCUCUCCAUCGAGUUCUACGAAGGUGCCAGGGACCGGGAGGAGAAGAAGGGCCCCCUGGAGAAUGGGGAUGGGGACAAGGAGAAGCAGACAGGGGUGCGCUUCCUGCGGUGCCCGGCAGCCAUGACCGUCAUGCAUCUUGCCAAGUUUCUUCGCAACAAGAUGGAUGUGCCCAGCAAGUACAAGGUGGAGGUUCUGUACGAGGAUGAGCCACUAAAGGAGUACUACACCCUCAUGGACAUCGCCUACAUCUACCCCUGGCGGCGGAACGGGCCUCUCCCCCUUAAGUACCGUGUCCAGCCAGCCUGCAAGCGGCUCACCUUGCCCACAGUGCCCACUCCUUCCGAGGGCACCAACACCAGCGGGGCGUCCGAGUGUGAGUCUGUCAGCGACAAGGCUCCCAGCCCUGCCACCCUGCCGGCCACCUCCUCCUCCCUGCCCAGCCCAGCCACCCCCUCCCAUGGCUCUCCCAGCUCCCAUGGGCCACCCACCACCCACCCUACCUCCCCCACUCCCCCUUCGACAGCCAGUGGGGCCACCACAGCUGCCAACGGGGGUACCUCGAACUGCCUGCAGACGCCAUCCUCCACCAGCAGGGGGCGCAAGAUGACUGUCAACGGCGCGCCCGUGCCCCCCUUAACUUGAGGAAAGGGACCCUGGGCCUCAUUUCCAGCCAUGCCUCUCCACUCCCUCCACUUUUUCUGGGCCCUUUUUUUCCACCUCUUCUACUUGCCCCAACACCUCCCACCUUGGGGGUGGGGGGCGGGUUUUAUAAAUAAAUCUAUAUAUAUAUGUACAUAGGAAAAACCAAAUAUACAUACUUAUUUUCUAUGGACCAACCAGAUUAAUUUAAAUGCCACAGAAAACAAACUUUAUGUGUGUGUGUAUGUGUGAGGGAUGGGGUGUUCAUUUUUAGGGGGUCUUGUGUAAUUUGCUCUGCUCUCUUUUGGGGGGCACCUGGAGGUAGACUGGAGGGGUCAUGUGAGGCCCAGUAAAGUUCUGCCCCCCCCCCCCGUUUCCCAAGGCAGAUGGGAUGUUGGGGGCCCACCAGCCCCCAAAGCUUUAGGCACAAUUCUGACUGGCUGCGUGUAGGGGUGCACCCUGUUCUCUACCCGUAUCGGCUGCUAUCCUGCCCCUGAGCAGUGCCCCCCGUCGUCGAAUGUCCAGAGAAUUGCUCAGACAGUGCCUUUUACCAGUGCAGCUUACCCCCUGGUCCCGAGGGGUGCGCGGGCUGCAGGGAUGGCAUCUCCCUCGCUGCCUCCUCUUGCAGUGGCAACUUUGUGCAAAGAAUAGAUAGUUCUGCCUCUUUUUUUCUCUCUCCUGUGUGUGUGGUCCUUCUUUCAUCAUUUAUCUUGUGGAAGAUUUCAGGCCACAGGAGGCCUCAGCCCCUGAAAUGCCGCUGUGGCUUUAGUAUUGUGAACCGCUUCACCCGCUCCUGCCCCCUGCCCUCACCCAGGAACGCUCACUAGCAGGACUUAGGGCUAUGGGUGGAGGGGGCGGGGUGGGGUUAACCUCGGACAAGCACAGACCCCAGAUUUUGCCACAGGCAAACAGCCCUCCAGGUCCCUCUCCACCCCCUGCUAAGGCCCAGGCAGGACAGAGCAAUGGUGGCAUCUAAAAGCACAAGAUGGCAGCUCUGACCCCGGCCCCACUCCGGAGAGGUCAAUGGACCACCUCCACAGGGACAGGCCCCAGCGGAUCACUGCCCACCUUGUUUCUUCAAAUGUACAUAGCUCUGGAGGUGAGGGGGCAGGAGUGGAGAGUCUAUCACAACCUAGGUGUGUGGGUCGGGACACCCCCCCCCUUCCAUGGGUUUGUGUGUGUUUGCACCUUGUCGUGUGUCUGAGGUCCUGUGACUGUACCCUCCUGCCCUGGGACAUUUGUAUCUCUUGGCUUUGUAAUAAAUGCUGCAUACUCUCUGGA